AUGCCGACUUCUCUGUGUAGCUCUUCUGUAAUUCGGCGACAUCCAGAUUACGCGAAUUCUAUGACGGACAUGAACAGCUCGCAAAUGCACUCUCAGAUUCCACAGGCUCUCAUGCAUGGGCCAAUGCCAAGUCUUUACCAGAACUUUGGAGCUAUCCGACAAAAUCCUACACAGCAAACAUAUUCAGCAGCUUACGAAGGAUUCUCACUUCCUCACUUUUACGUUCCGAUGCCAGUUUCAAUCCAGCCUCAGCAGUUCACCACGCCUCCAAUGAGCUCACCAACUCCACCAGGUCCUAUCGACCUCUCAAUUCCUUCCAGCUGUUCUCCAAGUUCUUAUCCGAUCAAUCUGCCGCAAACACAGUGCCAGUUCUACCCCAUCAAUCUUUCCCCAAGCGGAUCCUAG